CGUGGUGACGUUUUUUUUGCAGAGGCAGCAAAACAUCCGCAGUGAGUCUCGUCUGUCUGUCAGCCAACACGAAGAAAACUUUUUUUUGCUUUUGAAUUAACCUGAAGAAAACGCGGUGCGGCUUUUACCAACAGGGUCACCUUUUCUAGACCAUGCCCCACGACCCCGACCCUCCUCCGGCUAAAAAAUUCAAGCCGGGGUCAGUUUUUUUCCGUAUCGAUAAGAAUAAACCUGGAAUGCUGCUUCCUAGAAAGGGAAAUGUAACAACUCCGAUAGAAGUCCAGAGGAAACAACUUCCAAUCUACCAGGCGAAACCUCAGCUGCUGAACCAGCUGAGGCAGCUGCACAAUGCGGUUCUCAUAGGUGAGACUGGCUCUGGGAAAACCACACAGAUCCCACAGUACCUGUAUGAGGCCGGCAUCGGGCGACAGGGCAUCAUUGCCAUCACUCAACCUCGUCGUGUUGCUGCCAUCUCACUGGCAGGAAGGGUGGCGGAGGAGAAAAGGACUCAGCUUGGCAAGCUGGUUGGUUACACGGUGCGUUUUGAGGACGUCACCUCCUCGGAGACAAAGCUGAAGUUCAUGACCGAUGGCAUGCUCCUGCGUGAGGCCAUCGGAGACCCCUUACUGCUGCGCUACACUGUGGUGGUCUUGGAUGAAGCUCAUGAGCGCACAGUGCACACUGAUGUGCUGUUUGGCGUGGUUAAGGCUGCCCAACGCAGACGCAAAGAACUGAACAAGAUACCCCUGAAGGUCAUAGUGAUGUCGGCCACGAUGGAUGUAGAUUUGUUCUCAGAGUACUUCAACAAGUCGCCUGUACUUUACCUGGAAGGGAGGCAGCAUCCCAUUCAGAUCUACUACACCAAGCAGUCACAGUCAGACUACCUGCAGGCUGCACUUGUCUCAAUUUUCCAGAUACAUCAGGAGGCGCCUCCGUCCCAUGAUAUCUUAGUUUUCAUGACUGGUCAGGAGGAAAUUGAGGCUCUGGCAAGGACGUGCCGGGACAUUGCGAAGCACCUGCCUGACGGCUGUGGUUCAAUGGUAGUUGUCCCCUUGUACUCCGCACUGCCGCCAGCACUGCAGCUCAGGGUUUUUCUGUCGGCUCCCAAGGGUUGUAGGAAAGUCAUCCUCUCAACCAACAUUGCUGAGACGUCUGUUACAAUCUCGGGGAUCAAAUAUGUCCUAGACACAGGGAUGGUGAAGGCAAAACGUUUCAAUCCUGACAGUGGUCUGGAGGUUCUGGCGGUGCAGCGCAUUUCUAAGGCUCAGGCGUGGCAGCGAGCGGGCCGGGCGGGCAGGGAGGACUCGGGCUUCUGCUAUCGUCUCUACACCGAGCAGGAGUUUGACAACCUCAUCCCCAUGACUGUGCCUGAAAUCCAGAGGUGUAACUUGGCUGGUGUGAUGCUCCAGUUAAUGGCUCUGGGGAUUCCAGAUGUGAUGAAUUUUGACUUCAUGUCCAAGCCAUCUCCAGAGGCUGUUCGUUCUGCUGUGGAGCAUUUAGAGCUGCUUGGAGCCGUAGAGAGGAAGGAGGGGCAAGUUGUCCUCACUGCUGUGGGAAAGAAGAUGGCAAGCUUCCCUCUGGAGCCAAGAUAUGCCAAGACCAUCCUGCUGUCCCCGGAUUACUCCUGUUCUGAGGAGGUGUUGAGUAUCGUGUCUCUGCUGUCAGUGGACACGGUGCUGUUCAACCCUCCAGCCCGGCGGGAAGAGGUGCUCGCCGCACGCAAGAAGUUCAGCUCCAGCGAAGGAGACCACAUCACCCUCCUCAACAUCUACAGAGCGUUUAAGAAAGUCAGUGGUAAUAAGGAGUGGUGUCGAGAGAACUUUGUCAACAGCAGGAACAUGGGUCUGGUUAAAGACGUCCAGGCUCAGCUCAGAGAAAUCUGCCUAAAGCUGAAUUUGAAGCUGGUGUCUUGUGGGGCAGAGACGGGGAACGUUCGCCGCUGCCUUGCCCACGGGAUGUUCGUCAAUGCUGCAGAGAUACAACCGGACGGCAGCUACUUGGCUCUGGACACCCACCAGCCUGUGGCCAUCCAUCCGUCCUCUGUCCUUUUCCAUGGCAAGCCAGCAUACGUGGUGUUUAAUGAGCUGCUGCACACGUCCCGCUGCUACAUGAGAGACCUGUGCCUAGUGGACGCUGACUGGCUGCUGGACGCAGCACCAGAUUACUUUGGUCGCAAGCUUCACCUCACUAAGAGCUAACCAACAGAGAACCAGGAUCAGGCGACUGUAACACUUGAUUCUCUUUUUACAAAGUCGAAUUUGGAUAAAGACACUUAUUGCAAAUCAGCAGACGGCAUUUCCUAUACCCUGGAUUUCACUACCUCCCAGUUGACAAGCAUCUGGCUCGUGUCACUGCAGCAGAAACCUGAAAACUGAGGCCUCACAACUACUUUGACCUCGUCCAGACUGUAAUUCAGAUUUUAUAAACAGUUUCCUUGCUGUUGUUCAAUGUUCAACAUUUAAAAGAAGAUUAUUUUUUUUAAUGUUUCAUGCUUUAGUUAUUAUGUUUGCAUGCAUUUUAACAGCAUGGAUAACCUCAACCUGAUAUAUCGGUUAAUUUUGUCCUCAAGAUCAAAUUAAGUUCACCAAAUCUUAAAGCUUUAUUGUGUAACUUUUGAAUGUAAACAGAAUGGCUGUUACAUUCCAACCAUUGUCAAUUGAGUUCAGUACCUUUUUAAUUAAGCCUUCCAGCCCCAAAUGACUCUCUCUGUGUCUACUGGAAGCAACAGCAAUACUGCGCUAGUAAAGCAAGACCCGCAUUGAGUUUCAGAAGUGAGUUUCGACUGCUCAAAAAUCCUUGUUUUCACACUUUUCACAGUCCCAUACCCUUUCAGACAUUCGACUUCCAGCCAUGUACCCCCUAUGGACUUGAACAAAAAUUGUCUUAAACUCUGUCAAAGUUAUUUCUCACCAAAUAGAUCUAUUUAAAAAUACCAGCAUGUUCUAUGAGCAACACCAGUUCACUUUGUGUACCCAGGGGGGUACAAGUACCCCAGUUUGGGAAUCACUGCUUGACAGAGCCUGUUUUCAGAUGAAGGAUGCAGCAUACAAAUAAUGUUAUAUCCUUUGUGUUCACAAAGACCAGACAAACGCAGAAUAAUAGAAUACCAUCAACAACAACAAAAUCAACAAAGGUUACGCACUGCAGCUUUAAGUGUCAUCAAUAAGCUACCUUCCCAUCAAGGUAGUUGUUUGAACAGCUGUCUUAUUUCUGCCUGCAAGAUAUUAGCCUGAUUGAGGUUAGGAAAAGAACCUAUGUUUCCCAAAUGGGUUUAUACAAAGAGGUCUCAUGUUUUUUUUUGUUUUUUUUCUUUAAAUAAAUGAGUACAGUAGUUUUGUCUAAACACCAAAGUUAGAAUUCACACAAGGUGCUUGUGCAUGCCAGUUUUUCCACAUCUACAACUAUAUCACCACAAAUACAUGCACGUCAGGAGAACCAGCAUGUUCUAUUCUAUGUCUAUAUCCAGGUUCUAUGUUGCACAGAUCCAUUACUAACUCCCUCCACAGACAGACAGACUAAACAUCAGAGGUAUGUUGACAACGAUGCAACGCAUGGAGAUUGUAGUUAGCGAUCUGAUCACUCAGGUCUUCUGCACCUUUUGUAGAAUGUAAAUGACACCGUGUUGAAGUUGAAGAAUGGGAUAGAUGCUACUCCUGUCUUUUUUUGUUUUUGUUUACACUCGACUCAGGAUUGUACCUAAAUAAAAUGACAAACACUUGCUAAUUUUACAAUCUCCAAAUGGACCUGGAAUUGUAGUAAUUUCAUCAUCAGCAGGUUGUAUGUUCAGUAAGUGAAUUUCAUACAGAACGUGCUGCACACGAGGGUCUUUUUGUUUUUUU